AUGGCUGAAACCGAAAAUGAUAUAGUGAAUGAGGACACGGAAAAUACAAGCAAGCGUUUGUUCAAACAUUGCAUGAAAGGUGAGUGGAGGGAAGUAAUGGAAACGUACCGAAAAGAAAAGAAGGCACACACCACCAGAAUAACGAGGACAGGAGACACUGCAAUGCAUGUCGCCGUCAUCGACGGCCAAUACCACGUCGUGAACGAACUGGUGAAGCUGAUUCGCCGCUCGGAAGAAGGUCAUCGUAAAAAGGCACUGAGUAUUCAGAACGAGAGGAAGAACACGAUCUUGCACCUCGCGGCUUCGAUGGAGAGCGUGAAAAUGUGUGAGUGCAUUGCUUCCGCUGAGGCUUCGUUGUUGGGUAUGCGCAACGUUGAUGGGGAGACCCCUCUCUUUCUGGCUGCUCUGCAUGGCAAAAAAGAAGUUUUCCUUUCCCUUCACAAUCUCUCUAACACUGACCGGAAGGCUCACGACUACUAUUCCAAUUGUAGAAGAACUGAUGGUGAUACCAUUCUUCAUUCUGCCAUUGCCGGAGAUUAUUUAGGUCUCGUAAACUCAAAGAACGAGAUUGGGUUAACUCCUCUUCAUCUCCUUGCAAAUAAGCCUUCUGUUUUCAAGAGUGGUUGCCACUUGGGACGGUUUGAAGCAAUUGUAUAUCAUGAGCUGAAAGUAACACCCUGGCAUGAGCUGCAAGGUCCAACAACCGAUAAAGAAAAGAACAGUUACCCGGAAAAUUACGAGACAUGUAUGGAGCUUUUGAGGGUCACACAAAAGUUCAUCUCAAUUGUUACCCACCCUUUGACACAAUUUCUACGUAAAAGGUUGCGACGUAAUGUUGGAACUGAAAGAGACCUUGAAGAAUCAAAAUCUCCAGGAUCUGAAACCAGCUAUUGGUCACAUCAUCCAUUAUAUCCUGACAAUUACAAAAGCUGUGCAGAUUUAUUCAAGUUUGUAUUUAUGAUAAUGUCUAUUAUCUUUGGAACAGGGUCAGCAAACAUAAAGAAGAUACGUCGGAUGAAGGAAAAAAACCUGUGGUCUGCUCAAAUAAUGGAUGAACUUCUGAAGCGAACUAUCAUGUAUGAGUAUGAUGACGAUGGCAGCAAACCCAUUCACAAAUUGGAGAACAAACAUGAACAAACACAGCCUUAUAGUGUAGAUGAAGGGGGUAAUGUUACUAUGGCCAGUAUAGUAGAAGAGCACAAAAAUCUCAUCACCAAAGGAGAACCCAAGCAACAAAAGAAUGGUGGUGAGAAAGAUGAAAAGACUAACAAAAGAGAAAGGGUGUGCGAGACACCUAUAUUAAUAGCUGCAAAGAACGGUGUGACAGAAUUGGUAGAGAAAAUCAUGGAAGCGUUUCCUGUAGCUAUUCAUGAUAUAGAUGCCAAUAAGAAAAAUAUAGUGCUAUUGGCAGUAGAGAACAGGCAUACCUGCUUAUAUAACUUGUUGCUCAAGAAGAAGCAUCUGAAGGAAACUAUAUUCGGGAGAGUGGAUAAGGAAGGAAACAGUGCAUUGCACUUGGCAGCCAAGCUUGGAGACUAUAAUAAACCUUGGUUCAUUCCUGGUGAAGCGCUGCAAAUGAAUUGGGAAAUCAAGUGGUACCUGUUUGUCAAGGAAUCGAUGUCUCCCCAUUUCUUUAGUCGAUACAACAAUGAAAACAAGACACCAACAGAUAUCUUCAGCGAGACUCACGGGGACCUUGUCAAGAGUGGUGGAGAAUGGCUGAAAAAAACCUCUGAAUCUUGCUCCUUGGUAGCAGCACUGAUAGCCACAACCACUGUCCCCGGCGACUUUUCCACAGCCACCACUGUCCCCGGCGACUUCAAAAAUGAAACCGGCACCCCAACCCUUGAAAACAGGCCAGAAUUUAAAGCCUUUGCCAUCUCAUCUCUCAUUGCUCUUUGCUGUUCUGUCACCUCACUGGUGCUUUUCCUCUCAAUACUCACAUCUCGGUAUCAAGAGAGUGAUUUCGGUAGGCAUCUUCCCAGAAAGCUUAUCCUGGGUUUGACAUCGUUGUUCAUGUCCAUCACCUCUAUGAUGGUCUGUUUCUCUACUGCUCAUUUCUUCAUCCUAAAGGAUAAAAAAUCUGUUACAUUCCCUCUUUAUGCCGUGACAUGCUUGCCGGUGACACUUUUUGGCUUGGCUCAAUUUCCACUCUACAUCGAUCUCAUAUGGGCAACUUUUAAGAAAUUCCCACAGCGUGCUUACAAAAAAACUCUACAAUAG